GAGGGAAAGACAAAGAAAGGGGUGCGGCAACUGGCAGGCACCCGACCAGAGCAAGAGUGACCUCAGCGCUGGAGAAGCCUCUCAGCCUCAGAGCCAGGCGGCCAGGGCAGCUGUGGGGCACUGAGUCCCUUUCUCGUCUGCUCUCUGCCGGCCGCAGUGGGGGACCUGGGCCUCGCUGGCCAGCCGGGUGCCAUCCUCAGCAUAAACUGGAGCUCUGGGCUCUUGCUGGGACCAUCCCAGGCCACAGCCUAGCUGCCUGCCUUCCUGCUGCUCCUGCUGGGUGAUGGAAAUCCGGACCCCUGCCGCCGCCCAGGGCAGGGCCCUCUGGGCUCUCCUACUGGCCACACUUGGCACCACAGCCGGCCAGCCACUGGGGGGAGACUCCGUGUGUACGGCCCGGCCCCUGGCCAAGUACAGCAUCACCUUCACGGGCAAGUGGAGCCAGACAGCCUUUCCCAAGCAGUACCCGCUGUUCCGGCCGCCCGCGCAAUGGUCAUCCCUGCUGGGGGCAGCGCACAGCUCUGACUACAGCAUGUGGCGGGAGAACCAGUACGCCAGCAAUGGGCUGAGGGACUUCGCGGAGCGGGGUGAGGCCUGGGCCCUGAUGAAGGAGAUUGAGGCGGCCGGAGAGAAGCUCCAGAGCGUGCACGAGGUGUUCUCCGCACCCGCCGUGCCCAGCGGCAUGGGGCACACCUCCUCGGAGUUCGAGGUCCACGCCAGGCACUCACUGGUGUCCUUUGUGGUCCGAAUUGUCCCCAGCCCCGACUGGUUUGUGGGCGUCGACAGUCUGGACCUGUGUGAUGGGAACCGUUGGAGGGAGCAGGUCACCGUGGACCUUUACCCACAUGACGCGGGGACAGACAGCGGCUUCACCUUCUCCUCCCCCAACUUCGCGACCAUCCCGCAGGACACAGUGACCGAGAUAACCUCCUCCUCUCCCAGCCACCCGGCAAACUCCUUCUACUACCCACGGCUGAAGGCCCUGCCCCCCAUCGCCAGGGUGACCCUGGUGCGUCUCCGGCAGAGCCCCAGGGCCUUCGUGCCUCCCGCCGUAGAGCUGGGCGGCAGGGGCAACGAGAUCGGGGACAGCCUCUCGGCUCCAGAAACGCCGCUGGACUGCGAGGUCUCCCUCUGGUCCUCCUGGGGGCUGUGCGAAGGUCUGUGCGGGAAGCUGGGAGCCAAGACCAGGACUCGCUAUGUCCGUGUGCAGCCUGCCAACCACGGGGCGCCCUGCCCCGAGCUUGCAGAGGAGGCGGAGUGCGUCCCUGACAACUGUGUGUGAGCCCUGAGCCGUGGCUGGCGGGCCCAGUCGCUUGGUUGGGACCACACAGCGAGCAGGCCGAGCGCAGCUUCAUCACCUCUGAGCCGCACUGCUGACCGACCACUCUGCACAGACGUGCCCGCGGGCCAGAGGGGACGUCAGGACCAGGCGUCUCCUUUCCGCAAGUUCUCCCUCGUGGCCCCCACACCCUAAGGCCAUGGUCCUCCGUGCAGAGGACGUGUGCACAAUGCCUGGCCGGGUGCCCUGCAGGACAGCCACCCACCCCAGGCCCAGGGGCCGAGCCUCACGUGCUGGCUGUGAAAUACCUCGGUCCUGGUGCCCAGGCGGCCGCUGGCACAGGAGCCCUGAACUCAUGCCUGCUCCUCAGAGCAAGGCUGCCCUGGGCACUGGCUGCUCCUGGCAUCCCAGCAGUGAUGCUAGGGGAGAUGAAUAAAGGGGGGCAGGCUGGGACACUGCACCUGGCAUUGUCACAUGACUGAUCUGUGCACUUGAAUAAAGACAAUCUGUUUCCUGA